AUGGAAAAAUACAUAUCGUUCUCUGUUGGCAGUUUACGGUUCAUAGACUCACUUCAGUUUUUGAACGCAUCGCUUGAGACACUGGUUACUAAUUUGAAAGCAGACGGUAGUGAUAAAUUCACUCAACUCACAAAAGAAUUUUCAGAUGAACAGAAAAUCAGCUUACUUCUAAGAAAAGGGGUAUACCCUUAUGACUUUAUGGAUGACGAGUCUAAAUUUAACAUGUCUCAGCUCCCUGCUCAAGCUGAGUUUUAUAAUAGUCUAACUGAUAGUGAUAUCUCGGACGAGGAUUAUGAGCAUGCUCAUCAGGUGUGGACAACGUUUGACCUGAAAACCAUGGGAGAGUACCACGAUUUGUACAUGAAAACAGAUGUUCUUCUCUUGGCAGAUGUAUUUGAAAAUUUUAGAAACAUGUGCUUAGAUUAUUAUGAUUUGGACAGUGCUCAUUAUUUCACUUUACCCGGUGUAGGGUGGGAUGCCAUGCUCAAGAUGGGAGGUGUGGAACUUGAACUUCUCACAGAUUUGGAUAUGCAUCUUAUGAUAGAGCAUGGUCUAAGAGGUGGAAUUUCAAUGAUAUCAAAAAAGUUUUCCAAAGCUAACAAUCCUUAUCUUGAAACAUUUAAUGAAAAUGAACCCUCUACCUAUCUUAUGUAUUUGGAUGCUAAUAACCUGUAUGGACAUAGUAUGUCCCAAUACCUCCCUGAAAGAGAUUUCGAGUGGGUUAAAGACUUGGACAGUCUUGACAUUAUGACUGUGACAGAGAAUUCAAACACGGGGUAUAUUUUGGAGGUAGAUCUUGAAUACCCCACAGAAUUACAUGACUGUCACAGGUACUACCCUCUGGCCCCUGAAUCUAUGCUAGUCACUGAUGCUAUGCUUUCUCCUCACUCACAGCAGCUGAGAGAUAAACUUUGUCUUACAGGUCGGCCUGUACGAAAAUUAGUUCCAAACCUCAAUGAUAAAGAGAAAUAUGUACUACAUUACAGAAACUUACAAUUCUAUCUCAGACAGGGAAUAAAGUUGACAAAGAUCCAUAGAGCGAUUCAGUUUAGACAGUCUCCAUGGUUAAAGACCUAUAUCGAUUUCAAUACGGAAAAAAGAAAGCAGUCUAAAAAUGAAACUGAAAAAGCUUUUUUUAAGUUGAUGAACAACUCCUGCUUUGGUCGAAGCAUGAUGAAUGUAAGAAAGCAUGUGAACGUGGAGCUGGUCAAUUCAAAGAAACGUUUAACGAAACUCUGUGCUAAACCCGCAUUUGAAGGCUUUAAAAUAUUUAACCCUGAUUUGGCUGCAGUUCAUCUUAAGAAAGCCACUAUCUUUCUUAACCAGCCUAUCUAUGCCGGAUUUUCAAUUCUAGACAUGUCUAAAAUUGUUAUGUAUGAAUUUCACUAUGAUUUCAUGAGAGCAAAGUAUGGGAAUAAAGUCCAACUUUUAUUCACGGAUACAGAUUCACUGUGUUAUGAGAUAGAAACAGAAGAUAUCUAUUCUGAUUUUCAGAAACAUGCCAACUUGUUUGACACAAGUAACUAUAAUCUCUCUCACCCUCUCUUCUCUAUUGUAAAUGCCAAAGUGUUAGGUAAAAUGAAGGAUGAGCUUGGGGGAUCUGUCAUGGAAGAGUUUGUAGGUCUUAGACCGAAAAUGUAUUCAGUUUUGUAUGAGGGGAAAGAGAAAAAAAUAGCUAAAGGUGUUAGUAAAACUGUGAUAAAAAAGGUUCUGAAGCACACUAUGUAUAAGAAAUGUUUGUUUGAACAUUCCCAACUGAGACAUAGCAUGACUAAUAUUCAGAGUGUGAAUCAUCAGCUUUACAGUGUAGCUACUAACAUGAUAAGUUUAUCUCCCUACGAUGACAAACGCUAUGUCCUUGAAGAUGGAAUCCAUACACUAGCCCAUGGACACUACCGUACUCCUACUGGAAUCAUUGAUUAG